AUGGCGUCACGGUCGGUGUUGCUGGUGUUGUUGGCGGUUCUAGCCGUCAGCCGUGGCGAGCUAAGUACACUGUUCCCUGUCGAUGUUGGCCUUGCCAAGGAGAACCCGUUUAUGCCCAAUGAACGGGAUGCGUUUGAUGAUUGUCACAUUCGGUAUUACCGGUUUGGUAAGGAUACGACGGUUACUAAUCCAUUAUCAACCUACGAUGAACCUCGUGAAUUCAGCCACGUUGUUGCGAUCGGAUGGACCAAAUCGGGAGGUACAACGCACUGGAACUGCAAGGGUGUACUGAUAUGGAACACCUUUGUACUAACCUCCGCGCAUUGUACCAUGGGCGAAGGCAAUGCUGCUCCCGAUGUCGUCCGGCUGGGUGAUGGAAACAACUUCCCACGAGAGCGGAAAAUUAAGGAAAUCAUAAGGCACCCCAAUUUCAAUCCCAACGUCGGGCUGCAUGAUAUCGCUCUCCUUCAACUAGAAUCCAGAGUCGACAUCAAUGCGACAGCGGCACCGACGUGUUUGUGGCUUUCUCAGGAAAUACCAUUCCCAUUGCUGGAAUCUUUGGUGAACACAAGAGCAAGCCGCGGACGAAAGGCAUCGGUGAUGGCGACUGAGAAGAUGGCGGUGAAGCGCAAGGACGAUUGUUUCUCAUUUGCCCUCAACGAAUCAGGUCUGCCAGAGGAACAGCUGUGUACGACAGCGACCAGUUCUAGCAAAACGGAAUGUUUGGACGCGAAACAAGGUGAUCCACUGCAAGUUCGUCUAUUGCAUAACUUCAGGAGGAGCCCGUUUUUGGUGGGUUUUCUAUCCUUCCCAGUGUCCUCCGGCGGGUGCAAUGCAACGCGGGUCUACACCAGGGUCGCACCCUACCGUGAGUGGAUGCUACAGGCGAUGCAGGAGCGCAGUACAACGAUCAAACCGCAGGACUUCUUCCCAGCCGUUUGUGCACUUCGCUACGCGAAUUUGCGACCCCGAGUGGACGAGCUGAUCGAAGAGGUUACCGGCGAGCUUCCCGUGUACGGUGUACAGGUGGAAGCUAGAGAUAAAGAGCAUUUCAACUACAUCGUGCAGAUAGAACAACCUCAGAAGUCGGAGCCCGAUAGGAAAGAUCCUUGCGUGGGAACGUUUAUCGAUCAGCGGACAGUGCUGACGUUGGCGGAAUGCGUCGAUGGCUUCCAGCCAACCAACGUGGUACAUCGCACGAAGCACGGCAACGAUCCGACUUAUCCCGUUGCAUCGGUUCACGUGCAUCCCGGUUACGUGUCGGGCUCUCAGAAGAACAAUCUAGCGGUGUUAAAGGUGAACAAAGCAACCAACCCGGGUCUUUAUGCAUAUACCGUGUUUCCGGCCUGCAUGUGGCUGCAGGACAGCUUACCCGAUCCGAGAAUGAACCUAGUUGGUUACGGAUUAAGUGGUUUAAACACCUUCUCGGAAGUAGUGGACGAUGAUGAGAUUGAAGAUUCUGGUCCAGCCAUGGUAAUGUCUGCAAUGAAUACGUACUCCUUGGGCAACUGCAGCGAUCAUUUGGGACUACUGGGCGAACACAUUUCACGUCAGAAUUUCACUGAUGAGCAACACAUCUGCCUUCGAAGCGAUCAGUGGGCGGUUCCGGAACUUUGCCGUGAUUUGCGUGGUGGACCGGUCCAGCGACACAUCUUCCGAGCUGGGGUGUAUUUCAAGUACCUGUACGCGUUAACCGUAUCAGGUCGCACCUGCGGCAACGGAGUACCGAGUGUUGCAAUACGGCUCGCUCCUCACGUUGACUGGCUGCGAUCGGUGAUCUUCAACAACACAGACAGCCAGAAGUUGCAGUCUAGCUCACUGAUCAUCAUCAACCCGGAUCUGAAGCGCAGUGACGAGUGUAACAAUGGAGAAGGAUCGUUGGGUAUUUGCGUGCCACAGGAACAGUGCACAAGCACGAACGAACGGCUACGUCAGGGUCAACGGGUGACUGUGUGUUCCGAAGGUACGAUCGUUUGCUGUUCUUGGGGAGACAUCGCGAAGAACACCAGCCCAAAUCCCGUCCGUACGGAGCUCGAAAACUGUGACGAAGGGUACCGGGCGAUUCGGAAGCAACGAACGAAGGAUAUACUCCGAUACACCAACCUGCCGACCAUAGCCGACGUAGGAUGGAACGUGAACGGCGGGGAAAUAGUGUUCGCUUGCAUGGGUUUUCUUAUCACACUGAACACCGUCGUGACGAGUGCGCGUUGUGUCGAGUCCUACCCACACAAACCGGGCGUAAUACGGAUAGGAGCGAUGGGAGCCUCAAGAUCUUCGGAUUAUGUGCUAAAGACUGUACGGCAAGUGCGCGUCCACGAGGACUACGACAAGAUGACCGGCAUAAACAACAUCGCUCUGAUCCAACUGACGAGUCCUAUAAAAGCGAAUCCGUUCCACUAUCCAGGGUGCCUUUAUCGGAAUCAAACUCACAGUCCCGUCCGUCAGGUGGUCCUGGUUAAAUCGGGUGAAGAUGAAAUAGAGUUUUCGGAGGUUUCGCCUCUCUAUCGGAGCGAAUGCGCGGACCAGAUGAGUGAACCGCUGGCACCGGGGCAGUUGUGCAUGAAGCAGGCGCAACCGGAAGCGGUGUUCAGAUACAGUAGCAAGUGCUACAUGACGGGCAAUCCGGCAUUCUGGAACCAGUUCCCCGAGAAUGAGGACGAUGAUGAGGUGGACAUUUUGGUGGGGCUUUUUAGCCAUGGAAAAUGUGGCUAUGAUGGCAUCGAACACACGCAGGUGUUCACGCGCAUUUCAGCCUACUACGAUUGGAUUGUCGACAACGCAAAGUAAGUACGGGUUACGGUAGUACACGCGCCUACUUCUGCUGAAUAAAAGUGCAAAAUUA